UACCUAAUAUGCACGUACACGCAGGCGUGCACGCGUUGGAGCAAGACAGUCAACCUGCCGGCCCUGUCCCGUGUUGCGUCUGCCGUGACGGACGGUUGGGAUGUGCAGUAUAUAGGAGGUAUAGAUGUAUAAAGGUGAGUAUUCGCAGCUGGCCGUGGCCGUGGGAUGAUAGUACCAACAGUACCGGGUCUUCUCUCGGCUCUCGACCCGGCCUGCCGCUAAUCGACGAUAUUCGAUGUCCGUGCUACGGGAGAGGAGAUGAGGUCCCCUCUUUGUUACCCAAUUGCGCCUCCUUACCCAGCUCCAUAGCUAGCCCUCCUCCUUUCUACACGUACUGCCUGCCUUCAGAGCCGUCCACCGACCCCAUCGACCUAUUCGCACUGGGAUGCCUCCAUCUGUACCCGGAGACCAUCUCAGCUUCUAUGUCGAAAGCUGCAUCUUGCACAUCCUCGGAGUGUUGACCUGUGACCACCGGUAUAGAGGUUCAUGAUGAAUACCGCUACCGUCUCAAUGGCGGUCACGCCAACCGUCCUAUCGACAUUUCUGUCCCACUACCUCAAUCGAAAACCGUUGCGCGAGCGACCGACUGCCCACCUCUCGUACGACGAAGGCCUACACCUUAUCCGAUCGUUCCUCGACUUUGCGUCCCACCACACGGUCGAGGACCUCCAGGCCUUCACCUCGCAAUGGGUGCCACAUCCGCAGUGGGUCAAAGUUGAAGAGGUCGAAAUUCCGGAAGAGAGGCUUGUCGAGUCUGCCGACCUACUGCAGAAACAGCUAGGUCCAGACGGGAUCAGGAAGGUUGGUGGCCGGAACUGGUGGCAGUGGCGGAAACCGGGCAGUCCCCUCAAGGCAGAAUGGAUCGAGAUGAAGGCCGACUACAACGAACGCAAGAAGUCCGGCGAGGCCGGCAAAAGGGUCAUGCUGUAUGUUCACGGCGGCGCCUACUUCUUUGGGAGCGUCGACGAACACCGGUACCAGAUGCAGAGACACGCGCGAAAGCUGAAGGCCAGGGUUUUUGCGCCCAAAUAUCGGUUGUCUCCCCAGUUCCCUUUUCCCUGCGGGCUUCAGGAUUGCUUGGCCGCGUAUCUACACCUCCUCACAACUCACGAUCCCACUACGAUCGUCCUGGCCGGUGACUCGGCCGGAGGUGGAAUGGUGUUCAGUAUGCUAGUAACUAUGAGAGACGGGGGAAUUCCCUUGCCUGCAGGUGCUAUUCUCAUUAGUCCGUGGGUGGACUUGACGCACUCAUUUCCUAGCCUGUCUAGCGAUAGCCCUCUAGACUAUAUUCCUAAUUGUGGCUUCCACCAUAAGCCUUCGAAGGCCUGGCCUCCUUUAAACGCGGAUGAGUACGCGUUGUUGUUAGAGCAGACCGGCUCCGCGAAGUCGACCCCAGUGGCAACAGAAUCUCUCGCCCAGGACCUCAGGCAAGCAAACGCGGCCCAAGCAGGGGACGGCAGCUCUACAAUUGACAGUCGUGCGGAGACAUCAUUCAUCACCAUCAAACUCGAGGGAAAAGAGGUCCAACUCCAGGAUCAGAUCCAGAUGUAUACGACAAACGAACUUUUGGCACAUCCAUUGGUGAGCCCGGUAAUGCAGCCCACCCUGGGUGGCCUACCUCCUUUGCUCAUCAUGACGGGUGGUGGCGAGAUUCUACGCGAUGAGCAGAUAUAUAUCGCACAUAAGUGUGCAAAUCCGACCCAGUACCAGCCUGCAGGGUGCGCUACGAAUGAAUCGGCGCGAGAGCAGUUGGCUCGUUUCAAACCCACAGAUGUGCAGCUUCAAGUGUGGGACGACUUGUGCCAUGUUGCGCCGACUCUAAGCUUCACUCGACCAGCAAAAUACAUGUACCGCUCGAUAGCUCAAUUCGGCGCCUGGGCACUGGCCAGAGCCCAGAAGACAGAAAUUGAGAUUUUGGACGACGAGUCGAUCUCCAGUAUCUCGAGUUCCGAUUCGGACGCUGGGCCGGUGAACGAAGCGGCGGCGGGAGAGCGACCCGAGACGCGGGAGAACGCCAAAUUCGAAGUAGGAAAAGCCGGCGAUCCCUUGCCGCCGUUCAAGAACCACAUGGUCCGUCAGCGCGUCGACCGUCACGGUAGAAUUACCCCACUAGAGCCUGCUAGCGAGUUAGUUGGCUGCAACAUAGAUCCAACCGAGAUAGGGGUCGUCAAGGAAGUCCCGGUACGGAGGUGGCUCGAGGCGCGCGCUCAGUGGAACAAGCGCUACGGAAGUGUCCGUACGAAGAUCCACAAGAAAAGGCUCAAGGAGAUGACCGCAGGAUACGUGGGCUUCGACGGAGAGAUGCCACCUCCGGCAGCGCUUGCUAGCAGACGCAAAGCGGAGGAGAGUCUCGUGGAGAAGAAGAAAGUAAAGGGAAUAGGCCUCGCCAUAUGGUCUCUCUGGGGAUCUAAGCACGAUGAAACCACUAUUAUCCGAGAGCGCGAGGCAGUUAAACCCCCGGAGAUCAAGGUUGCUACCAACGAAGAGGGGCAAGGGGCUCGUUCACCAUCCGAUCUUGAGAGUCAGGAGAAGAGAGAAGCCAAGAGAGACGUUGGGCAUAAUCGGAGCCGAUCCAGAACGAAGAUCGUCAGGGAUGAGAAACAAAUUGCGGAAGAUGAUGUCGACGAGGACAUGCCCGUGUUCGUCCCUAAGACCAAGCGAGAGGAACCGCUACCCUCUCCCACCGGAAGCAGCCUACUCUCGCCGGAUUCCGCCCCGUUCGAGACUGGGAUUACGGGCAAGAGGCCGUUCGUUGGGGGGAUUGCGGCGCCGUUCAGUCUCAACAUAGACGCCGAGACAGCUAGCAUGAUUACGCUCACAUCGAUGGCGGAUCAGGCUGGCCGGGUCGCGACGCCGAUCCCAUUAACGCCUAGUACGAAUGCCUUCGCGAUCACCAGCGCUGCGGCGGCGGCCGUCGCUACGGCUAAGGCAAGGGAUGAAGUCGUCGACUUCGAGGCCCUGAAGCAAAGUGAGCCCCUGGAUACAGGAGCGCCUCAGCUGACACUGACGGGCUUCGAUACGUCUGAAAGCCUUAGCCCCUUUCCCACACCGGACGACGACCUCAACGGAAAACACAACCCAACGACAACUGCAAAUGACGAUCUGACGCGGCCACCUUUGGAGACGUUCGUUACCGCGCGGGAGGAUCUACCCCUAUCGAAAUAAGUUGAAUGCCACCGAGGUAACCUAUAGAUGGAGGAUGAUACCCGGUACUGCUUCAUAUGUCGAUUUCAGGAUAGUGUGUUUUUAGUUUAUAUAAUAUCGCUAGCGGUAACGGUAUUUACCCACGCAACAAGAUAGAUUAAUUUAGAAAAUAG